AUCGCCUGGGCAGUUACGGACGCAAAAUUCAAAACUCUUUGUCCAUGGACUAGCACCGAAACAUCCAAACUAGACAAUCUGUUCAAACUCCAAAAAAGGUCAUCCGCAUCUGCACUCUAUCCAAUUACCAAUCACAUUCCAAACCCCUCUUUCACCAACUCAACACUCUAAACAUCUUUGACAUAAAUAAAUUACAAACCGCCCUAUUUAUGUACCAGUAUUCCCACAAUAAACUCCCAAAUGCUUUCAAAGGAUACUUCACAAAAAACAAUGAAUUACAUAACUAUAAUACUAGGAAUGCAAAUAAAUACAUCACAAUACAAUCUAACCGAACAUCAAACAGGAAUUCAAUAAUACAUUCAGGCCCCCUAUUAUGGAACUCCCUCAGCACAUCACUAACAAAUUCGAAAAGUAGUUAUUCAUUUAAAUCAGAAUAUAAAUCGUUCCUCAUAUCUAAUUACAGACUUUAACUCCACUAAUCUUCUUUAUUUAAAUCAUAUUUGUUUCAUGCUAUCCAAUCCCAUUUUAUCUUCUUUUCCCUUGUCUACCUUUAUAAUGUUCAAAGCUAUGUAUAUGUUAUUUUUUUUUUUUUUUAAAGCAUUGUCGUUUUUCCUUCUGUCGUUCCGUCGUGUUUUGUCUUGUCUUUGAUUAUGGAAGAAAUAACUUUUCAUUUUUCUCUGGUGGAGCCAGCCAUAAAGCCAUUUGGGCUUAUUUGACUUCUCCAGACACAAUUGCAUUCGAUUUUGCUUGCAUCUUUAUUAUUUUUGUCUUGUUACCACCUUUAUGCAUUGUGUGAAUAAAUAUGAAUCUGAGUCUGAGUUUAUCUGAAUCUGAGUUAUCGCCACGUAAUCAAAACAUGAAUCAAAAUUCUCGAAGGGAAAUCCCCGUCAUCCAUUGACGCCAUUGAAUACUACAGUUAGUAUUUCCUGUACACACUUCCGUGGGGCAAGCCCAGCAGAACCAUUGAGAAAACCAGAUCCUGCUUUUACUUGUCUGCUUUUAAGUUCUCCAUGGUUUGGGUUAUCAGUACAGUGAACUGUAAUUUAUGAGCAUUAUGGAACACAAUCAAACUAUAAAAGACUGUCAGAUUGUGGGACGACAAAAAGAAAAGUCUGUAAUACUCGAACAAGUUUCUGAGAGGAGAAUUAAUAUCAUCCAAAUAAGUGGGCCACCUAUGAUUGGCAAGAGCACGUUAGCAGGAUUUGUGGUCGCAUCACUGCCUGGCAUAACUUACAUUAUUAAUAUGCGUGAUCAGAGCAAUAUGCAGUCAACAAAAUAUUUCAUCAAGGAUAUCCUUUUGAAAGCAAUAGAACCAGUUAAAGUUCACAAGCUAGACACAUUUACCAUCAGGGAAUUACUUGGACAUAUACAUAGUAAGCAUGUAUUUGUGUUUGAAAAUGCUGAGCAUUUUUGUGGGGAUUUUGCCUCAGGUGACGUACAGACUGAAUUUCUUGAGACGUGUAAACUACUUGCAGGAUCAAAGAACAUCAUGGUUAUUAUCACUUCUACAUUCCGGUUCCGUUUUUACAAGUGCCGGUUUUUAAAUUUGGAAUUGCAACAACUCUCUGAAGGAGCUUGUAAAAGUAUUAUCUUGAAGACUGUAAAUGAAAUGUCUAGCGAUUCCCUAGAGGACGUUGUUGGGAUAUGUGCCGGUAUUCCCGGACUUCUUAAUUCCUUCAUAACUACUUACAGUUAUGGAACCAGUUUGCCAAGGCAUGUGACAACACAUGAAGAUUCUCAAUACCGUGUAUUGUCAAUUAUUGAAAAACUAUCGAAGUCCAACAAGUGCUACUUAGCAACACUGGCCUUUUUCCCUGGACGGUUUGGCACCAAAGCUGCAAGGCACGUGCUUGGUGAAAGUAGCGAUGCUCGUGUUAAACAAAUUGCCCUUUUGCCGAUAUAUAGACGAUCCCUCAUUGAAAUUGACGGAGAGCAAGACCGCUUCUACUUUCAUUGUUUCGUGCAAAAAUGUGUUGACAAACACUUAGCUCACUUACGUGAUACUUUUACCACCCGAGAACGUUUUUGUGAGUUCUUUGCUGAUGUUGUUCGCAGUUUAACACCGGAGGUGGAUAAAAAUCCGGAAAAGAUCUUUCCACUUUUUGCUCAAGAAAUACAGAACAUCGACAAGCUAUUGAUUGAAGCAGCCAACUGUUCUGACAAAACCCGGUACAACAGGUACAUCCAGCUUGCGUGCGAAGCUGACUACCUGUUGAUUAAUGUUUUACCGAAGCAUUCUGCAGUUAAGUUCUAUGAGGCAUGUGUUAAUUCAAGCAAGAUACAGGGAACACCAUAUGAACAGGGUAUGAUGUUAAUGCAUUAUGGUUCAUCACUCCAAAAUAUCAAAGGGAAUUAUAUACCAGCCUAUUUGCAAUUUAUGCAAGCAAAAGCGCGACUGGAAGUUCUUGGAGAUAGUGAGGCAUUGGCAAGACUAUACACUUCUAUUGGGUGGAACUUACACAUGCAGGCUAAAGAAAGAAAUGCAAUUGAAAAUCUCAAAAUGGCCUCCGAGAUGCAAGACCGACUUCAACUGAAGCUAAGCAAGCACAGUGGAUCAACAAUGGCAAGACUGGGAAAGGUUUAUACCUUCAUUGGAGAGUUAGAAAAUGCUGAGCCAUGUCUUAAGUCCAGUCUGUGUAUCCGUAAACAACUUUUUGGUGAGCAUCCGGUAAUUGCAGAAACAUACAACAAUUAUGGGCUUUAUUACCUGCAGGUCGGAGGCUGUGAAUUUGAAGCUACGAAGUAUUUCAGAAUGUCUCUACGAACAAAAAAACAUUUUAACAAGGAACCAUCGCGUGAUAAGAUCAACUCUAUAAACAACGUGGCCAUGGAGUAUGCAAAGAGUGGAGACCACGACCAGGCAUUGCAAAUGCUUGACGAGGCCUACACGAUGCAAUACAAGUUAGGUCUAGAUCACCACGACACGUCUCUUAUUCACAACAACAGGGGGAAAGUUUAUGCUAUGAAAAAGGAUUAUGAACAAUCAGAGAAAAACUUCAACUUAGCAUUGGGUCUUCGUAGGAAAAUACUUGGUGAUGUGCACACAUCUACAGCCGGUACACUACAUCAGUUAGGAGAGACACUACUGAAGGCAGGGAAGUUUCUGCAAGCUGUACACAGAUUUGAGGAAGCUUAUGUUACCAGAAAGGAAGUCUUGGCACAGCAACCUCAAAAUAGAGGUGUUGCUGAAACCUUGGAGAAUCUCUGUCAGGCUUAUGAGAAAUCCGGACAGGAAGAAAAAUUAGAGAAAACUAAAGAACUGUUAAAUCAAGAGUUAGCUCGAUUGUCGACAUAAAUAAUACGAAAUAAAUGUUUUAUUUAUAUUUGCUUAUUUCCAAUCUUAACGCAGUUAUUUGUGAGUGCAUUUAGUGGGAGUACUUUCACAGAUGACGAGUAUAGACUACCUCAGCCCCACCAUGUAUGGUUAUGGCACCUCUACGUUUGAUUGAUGAACAAGAAGCAGACCUUAUAUUUUUACAAGAAACUCACUAUAAUUUAAAAAAAAAUAAAAAUUAUAAUGCUAUUUUAAGAAAAAAAGAGUUAAAGACUUCUAUUUAACUUUUACAGAAACCAAAAACAACCAAAAGUGCAAAGCAAAUGGAAAAGUAAUAUAUAGGUGAAUACAAUAUAUUGGCAUGCAUGUUGGAAGAAUAAGGUGACUUCUAUGAUGCAAAUUUGUUCACAUGAUACUUCCAACAAAAACAAAUUAUGGAAUCUAUUCGCUACAAAUUUAAUUGAUUACACUACAUGAGAAUGAAGCACACUUGUUAUUUAAAUUGAGGAAUAUAAAACCAUAAUCAUUGGGUAAAUUUACGUAUUCUUUGUUAGAAACAUGUUUUUCUAUUCCACCUAAUUUAGUACAGUGGAGUAAAUUGUACUUGUAUGUUUAACGAAAUAAAUAAUGAGGUAACUUCAAUACCCAUAUUUUGCAUUUACAAAAGUAAAAUCAAGCAUAGGCUUGGACUUGAACUUGAUAAAAUUUGAAUUUUUAUUAAAUAAUGAUAAAGCAAAAAAUGGUCAAAGUUCAACCUUCGUAAUUUGAAAUCUACAAUUAACAUUUAAGCACCAUACCCCUGACGAAGGUGCGUUUGUAUAUGUUUAAAUGUUUUUAUUGAUCAUUGGGAUUUAUAUUGAACAAACAUGGUGGUAUUUAAAGAAAUAAAUAAAUAUUAUGGUAUAAUCAUUGGAAACUCUGUGUUUAUAGCCUCUCUAUCCAAUAUUGUUUCAUAAACCUGAACUGUAUUCAGGUCUUAUCGGAAAUUAGAAUAUUUUUAAUUAAAUAAAUUAUAUAUUUAAAAAAAAAACGCGGAUAAUUAAUAACAAAGUAUACAUGGGGUGCUUCGUUUAGGUUUUUGGUAUUAUCCUCGCGCCUUUUAUUUUACCAUAUUUUUUGUUUAAUAUCUAUUUUAAUUAUAUGUAUAUAUUUAACUCUUGAUAUGUACAGUAUUAGUACCGUACUCAAAGGAGGAAUGCACUACAUUAAAAUUGAAUGCAUUGAU